CAAAUGUCGUAAUGCCUACCUAGUUAUUUAUCUUUGACUGUGUUCUUAAAUUUAAUGUACCAGUAAUGUUUCACAACAGUUCGAACGUCAGUCCAAUUUAGAGUGGUUAGUGAACUGGCGCUCUAGUAAAUCUAAACUUAUACUUAUAAGCUUUAGACUCCAAGAAAGUAAUUGUAUGGUUUAAUAUUCAAAUUAUUCUCUGAAAUGCUGAACAAAAGUAGCGAGUAACUUCUCUGUAAAUGUAGCUAACGCUUUGCGGUUGUAACGUGACUCACAUUUGCAUUGUGUGCUGGUGGAAACCAUCCUGACCCUUUAGAGGUAUAAAUAGGAGUGCGUGCCCCCAUCGGCGCCCUGUUGAUGUUAGUGUGUUGGCCGAGCGGCGCAACAUGGUGCAGGUGUCGAAGCCCGGGGUGCAGAACAGAGCGGCGCUGAAGGCUGGCCACCCCCCCGCAGUGAUGGCGGGGGGGAAACGGGUGGCCAAGAAGAGCUCCGAAGAGGCCUCUCCCCCAGAGAAAGAUGUGAAGCGAGCUGUGGACAAGGCCAGGUCCUUGCCUGCUCCAAUCAGAAUGCAGUCUGUAAAUCUGUUGUUGGCAGGUACCCUGGACAAGCUGGCGCACGACUUCCCCACGGCCCCAGUGAGCGUGCGGCACAGUCGGCUGAUCCCUGCUGUGGCAAAGCCGCAUUCACCGAAGGCCUUUGUCAUCCAGCAGCCCAGGAAGUGCUGAGUGAGGUGGCUGUGUGCGCCCACCCCCACCCGCUGUGGGGGGGUCGAUGACAGCACAGGAAAGCUCUGGUGGACCCCAGCCCUUGGUGUCUCACUCUGGGUCCUUGUCUUUCUGGGCGUGAACAAGCCUCAAGUUGCUUCCCUACAAAUCUGUAGCUUUUGCUGAAGUUGCUCUGCUGUUGGAGGCUUUUGAAUGGGAAUUUGCACUUAAGUUGUCCCAAUAAGGACAUGGUGGGCUGUAUGUGCUCAUUUGACUUCAGAUGUUUGUCCCAAAAUUCCUGGAAUUGAAUAAAACUGCAUUUCUGACUUUA